CUCCCUUUUUGUAACGAUCGUUUGUUGUCGUUCAUCAGUUUGCUCCUGGGUUCGGCUGGUAUCCGGAUCCGAGUAGAUCAUUCAUCCUCCAACAACGUAUACAUCCUAUUUCGGUGCUAGCAAUAGUCUAACAUCACCCUUGUUUUUCAUUCAUCCACUUCACGUCGUCUACCCGAUCAUCAUUUUUCAUAGGACACCUUCUCUCUUUCUCUUUCUUCCAUUUCAACGACAAUCUCUUCCAUUUUUCACCAUGACACCAACUUCUUUUCUUUGGUCUCGUCGAAUGACAGCUGCCAAUGUGUCACUCUCACCCCCAAAGCUGACACCUUUGAGUGUUUCAAGCUCUUUCUCUAGCCGUAAAUCUUCUUUCGAUGAAGUCAGAUCCGAAUACUCGAAUGCCACAACAGCACCUUCGUCACCAUUUCUUUUUACACCAACAGAGAUGGCUGGUAUCCUUCUGGGUGACUCUCCUACAAGUGCAAUUAAACGUUGUCAAAAUAGCAAAGAAGAAUACAUGCGAAUUCAAAAUCAAUUUGAUCCGUUUCUCAAAUCUCCCUCUUCUGAUUCGUUUAACGUGUUGCAAUGUGGCAACACUAUCAGUCAUCAUCCUGAAAAGUUGAGUGACUUGGACGUUGAACUUGACAUGGCUUCUUUGGCAACAGAAGUAGCUCUACGCACUUUGGACUCGGAGGAUGAAGAAGAUUACCUUGGCGGUAGUACUACUUGCAAAGGCGAAAAAGAUGAUCCACAAGCCUGGCCUCAAGGUGUAGGGCAACCAAAAAUGCGUUUAUUGCCCUUUUUGCCAUUCCCACCGCAAGAACAAUCAUCAACUGACCAAGAAGCUGCUCAGCCAACUGCUAUGAGCAACUCUGACGGACACGAAUGUUUGCCGAGCGAAACAGUCGAUGAAGAAGAAGCACCUAAGCGAAAAGGCCGAGCAAGAAUGAGCCAAGAAAAGCGAAGACGAUUGGCAAGAAGACGUGAACGUGAAGCCUUGCUGCUUGGGUUGCCUUCAAGUCGACCAUCUUCUGCACCUGCACAACAAACAAAGUUUUUAUUGGAAGAAUUGAACGGAACGGUGCCAAAGGGUAAUCAAACGGCUUGGAGAAAGAACCCUUCUUUCCUUACAUCCUCCUCACAAGCAUUUCCGUUGCCAUCACAUCCAUAUCGAAACGAGCUUCAACAAAGACGUGACAGCUUGAUGAAGCCAUACUCUGUCAAAUCUUACUCGCAAUGUUUGACAAUCCCAAGCGCGUAA